CAAAAACCAACUGGCCUGGCCGUGUGGUGUGCGCCAUGGCCAUGGCUCUUGUGGCUCUUGCGGCCUUGCUGCCGUGGCCUGGCCUUGCGGCUCAACCCGUGGAGCAGAUGGUGAGCCGCUGGAGGAAAGCACCGCAACAUGUGCCCAGCACACAUGUGCCAGAUGGCCCACUCCUAGGCAAUGGCCAGAUGGGCAUCACCGUCGGGUUCUCCGAGUGGGAUGUGCUCGAUGCGAAGGUGGCCUUCCACGUGGGGCACAAUGCGUUCUUUGCAGCGCCCACGGGGAAUUGGAAGAUCUCCUCCUGUGGCUACACCGAUUUGACUCGAGCUGGGCGGAAGGCCUUGGGAGGCCUCAGUGUGAGCUUUCCAGCUUCAGCUUCGACCAAGCCCGCGGGGAGCGCGGAGCUCUUUCCGGCCAAUGGCAGCUUCGUGUGGUCGAAGGGCGGGGCCGGUAUCCAUGCGUGGGUGCAUGCUGCAGAGGACGUUCUGAUCUUGAACUUGACCAGCUCAGUCCCUGGCCGAGCGAAGCUGGUCCUAUGGACCUACAAUGGUUGCAGUGGUCCGCCCAACCCCACCGCAGCCAGGAACACCACCGAUGCCUUGCCCACCCAAGCACAACAGAUUGGUUCGACUUUACACGUGGCAAGAGCCAAUGGGUGGGAGUACCAACUGCAAGCCUAUGAGGUCCAGUGGUUCCACCUGCUGACGGCCGGAGAAGCAGGUGCCCGGUUGGUGAAUUUCAGCUUCACCUCGCAGUGCGGAGCGGUGGAGGGGCCCUGCAUGACGGCCGAAGUGGAGGUUUCGCCCCAUGCGACGAUGCUGACCUUGGAGUUGCAGAAGAGUUCUUGGAAGAAGCCCAUGCCGGAGCCCAGGGCCCUAUCUGACCUCUCGGAGCUCGAGCGGUCCCAUGUGCAGAUCUGGCGCCACUUCUGGGCGAAGUCCUUCAUCAACCUACCGGACUCCCAGAUCACCACAUUCUAUUGGCACAUGAGCCAAUAUCUUCUACGGAUCUCCUCAACUGGCUACGCGAGCCCUGGCCUUUUUGGGCCUUUUGUGAAUGACGACCAGGUGGGCUGGAUGGGAGAUCUCACCUUGAACUACAACGCGGAGGCCUCCUACUACGGCGCUGCAUCUUCCAAUCACCUGGAGCUCUUCGAGCCUUACCUCCAAACGAUUCUGGACUACCUGCCUUCGGCCCGCCUCAUGGCAGACAGCCAGUAUCCCGGUUCUGCUUGCGCUGGCGCCCUGUACUUUGCCGGGCACAUUCUGCCCUUUGGGGUGACUAGCUCUAGCAAUGGGGACAUGGGUCAGAAGCAGAUGGGCCUCUUUGCCAGCGUGCCCUUCAUCCUCUAUUGGCGCUACACCCGAGACCCCAACUUUGCGCAGAGGGCCUUUCCAUUCUUCGAGGGCUUGGCCCGUUUCUGGGAGUGUGUCCUCGUGGAGGAGCAGGAUGGGCUACUGCAUGAUGCCCAGGAUUGUGCAGAGGAACUCUGUAGCCCAGAUGGAGUGAACCAAAAGGAUCCCACCGUGGUACUCUCGAUGCUGCCCGCCUUCUUCCGCACGGCAGGCGAGUUGGCUGCCCUCUUGGGUCAUCCGGAGAGCCAACGGCGUUGGGCGGCCCAUGCGAGGCGGAUUGCGGCCUACCCCACGGCGCGGUGGCGCGGAAAGGACGUGCUUCGGAACUCCGCGGGCCAAGGUGAAGAGUCGGGACCGACAGGUGGGCAGUUCGCAUCCUUCCCCUUGGGCACUGUGAGCCUCUCCAGCAGUGCUACCAGCCUGGAGGUCGUGCGGCAGUCGCUGGAGCAUUUCUUUGACAUUUGGCCUGGAGGUAAGCAAGGAAACAGCUUUUGCUCGAUCUUUGCAGCUGCGAACCGUGUGGCAUGGCGCCCUGCCCAUCUUUUUCAGCUUUGGGAGUCGUACUUGAAGAACCAAUCAGAUCCGGACUGCAUCAUGUACCCCAAUGGCAUGGUCCUGGGCUGUGGCGGCACCGGGUUGGAGAACGUGGGCGCCACGGCCUAUGUCAACGAGCUCCUUUUGCAGUCGCAUGAGGGAUUUCUGCGCAUCUUCCCUGGAUGGAAUAGCACAGGGUCCUUUCAUUUGAGAGCUGAGGGUGGCUUUGAGGUGAUGGCGGAGAGACGCUUGAGCUGGGUUUGGUCUUAUGCUACUCCAUUCGGGGGGGAAGUACUUGAAUGCCCACUCAAACGGCUAAAGCAACUCCCACUGCCACUUGGGAAGAUUAUACUCAGGAUCGGUCGCCGGAUCGAGGAUGUCCAAGGAUGUCCAAGGGGAGCCUCCUCCCUGUCCAAGGCACCUUUUGUAGCACUCAUCGGGGAUGGUUUAAAAAAAAAAAUGUAUAUAUAGGGUUACUGAUCACUCCAGUACACCCCAAAACCUGCAUAGCAGGAAAUUGACCCACACUCCCUGUGCUGGGAGGCUGGCUUAGCCAUGUUCGACAGCCACAGCCACCGGAAGCCCAGGAGAUGCCGCCGAAGUUACAUCUUUGAGCAUCCACACUUUGCAGCGUUGCAGUUCCAGCUGCCGCCUACGAAGCCCCUGGAAGGUGUCCCAUGUGCGGGUGAACGGGCACAUGUGGCCGGUGACCGAUGGUGAGCUGGAGUUUCCGGUGGCACCGCGCACCAGCUACGAGCUCCAGCCGGAUCGAAGGUUCUGGGUCUAGUGACGAUGCCGUGGCUGGCCAUGGGUGGAGUCCUGUAGGGCAAAGCCGCCAGAUGCUCCACCCAAAAAAAAGAUAGCAGAAUCUAGCAGCCGUAUAGUGAGAACAUGAGAAGGAUGGUGAAGGGUUCAGGGUCGAAACAGCACUUGCCGGUCUUACUGAGCACUUUGAAACAUGCUUGGCCAAGCACACGCGCGUGGAAAACGACAACGGACUAUGCACGUCGACCACCUGAAGAUCGGACUUUGCAGACUACAAGGGUCACUGGAACCGGGUCAAUCGGACUUUCACGGCUGACCAAGCCUUUUCUCAUGUCGCCGGAAGGGCAGCGACGCACGGCGAAAAGGGCCGCUGGACGGCGAUCGUGGGGUGUAGACAGAGAGGCAUCCUAUCGCCUCGUCGUGGCUCGACGGUGACGCGUCACCAACCCAGGUGCGAGAGCAUGUCUCCAUGCGUGGCUACUCCAGGCCGAUGCAUCCGG